CUCUCUCUCUCUCUUUCUCUCUCUCUCUCUCUAUGCUCCCUCCAUCACUGUGUCCUUCACAGCACAGGCACACCGGUGGGUUAGCACCUCUCCUCACUUUCACUACCUGGACUGAAGGCCUUUCAACCAAAAACCAAAAAGAAGGAUCUACACAGGUUGACCUUUCUUGACAUCCAGCUACAGGCUCCAGUGGGACGGUAAAAAAUGGCUUUUCUCAUUAAAAGUAUGGUGGGGAAUCCUCUGAAGGGCAUGGGUCUCGGGGGAGGAGAGGAGAAGGCCGAGGAGGAGACCCCCAAGGACCCCGCGGCGGCAGCAGGAAUGACCAGAGAAGAAUAUGAGGAGUACCAGAAGCAGCUGGUGGAGGAGAAGAUGGAGAGAGAUGCUGACUUCCUGCAUAAGAAAGCAGAGCGGGCGACCCUGAGGGUGUGUCUCAGAGAGAAGUACAGACUGCCAAAGAGCGAACAGGACGAGAACAUGCUCCAGAUGGCCGGGGAUGACGUGGACGUUCCUGAGGAGCUGCUGAAAAUGGUGGAUGAGGACGCUACGGAAGAGGAGGAGAAAGACUCCAUCCUGGGUCAGAUGCAGAACAUACAGAACAUGGACAUGGAUCAGAUCAAAGAGAAGGCCUCCGCCACUCUGACUGAGAUGAAGAGCAAGGCAGAGGAGAAAUGCUCUGUCAUGUAAAGCACAGUGGGAAUCCAAACACUCCAGAAAGUUGUAUUUAAUGAUUUUCAACAAAUUAUGUCUGAACACACAGUCCGAUUGGUUGAAACGUGAUCUACCCUUAUUGUUAUAUAGGCCUGCAAUAACAGCAAGACUAAUUUAACAAGUCAUAUCCUGCUGACCAAUGGCUGCAAAGCAGCUAGUAUGAGGAAUUUGCCAUAUAUUAAAAUCAUAUAUUUUAACUAUUUAGUCUAUUCAAUCUAACCUAAAGGAACAAAUGACCAAUUUGCAAUUUAGUGUUACUUAUUAUGACACCCCACUCUGUUCUAAAGCUUAAAUACAUAUUAACCUAUUUUACAACAAAUAGUUAAUGUCAAACAUGACCAAACAGCUUAAAGUACUUAGUAAUAAGACAAAAAAUACCUAUUCAUUCAGCUCACAAAAUGCUUAACAAUGAGUUAAAUAAGAAUAACCGUGUAAAUAGGUGCUAUUUUCUGUUGGUCUAUCUCUAAAAUCUCAAUCAAAUACAUUUAAGUUUGUGGUUGUAAGGUGACGAAAUGUGAAGAGGUUCUAGGGGAAUGAAUACUUUUGCAAGCCACUUUAUGUAUUGUAGACCAAAUUAAGAAGCAGAACUAAAAAACAAAUGUGAGUUAGGAGAACUUCUGUCUUGAUAAA